GAAAGAAUAAUCUCCUUAUGGUCACAGUGGCUGCCGGUCUUCUUUGACACAUAACUUCUUGGUAAUCUUUCCAUUAGACCAGAACCUAAACAAAAUUUCUAGAUUGGUUUAUCUUAACUCAGAAUAAAACAUAAUGAAUGCACCAAAAUGUAAAAACAACUUAUCUCAAGGAAAACAAAUAUUAUAAAAAUUUUCAUCUCCUUAGUUUUCAUAUUUUAUUUAUAACAAAAAUUUGAAGUUGACAAAUUUCCAUACAGAUAAUAUAAGAAGAAAGUUUUUUCAUGAAUGUUGACUCACACACAUCGGAGUCUGGCACAGUUGCUGGGGCUGCAAUGCAAUAGUGUGAUCCCAGCUCACUGCAACCUCCGGCUCACUGCAACCUCCGCCUCCCAUGUUCAAGCGAUUCUCCUGCCUCAGCUUCUCCAGUAGCUGGAAUUACAGGCGCCCCUGCUACGUAUCAGCUUUGAUUUCUCAGCAGUUUAGAGCAGGUGAACAUGAUGGGUAGAAGGAAUGACACAAAUGUGGCUGACUUCAUCCUUACGGGACUGUCAGACUCUGAAGAGGUCCAGAUGGCUCUGUUUAUGCUAUUUCUCCUGAUAUACCUAAUUACUAUGCUGGGGAAUGUGGGGAUGAUAUUGAUAAUCCGCCUGGACCUCCGGCUUCACACUCCCAUGUAUUUUUUCCUUACUCACCUGUCAUUUAUUGACCUCAGUUACUCAACUGUCAUCACACCUAAAACCUUAGCGAACUUACUGACUUCCAACUAUAUUUCCUUCACAGGCUGCUUUGCCCAGAUGUUCUUUUUUGUCUUCUUGGGUACUGCUGAAUGUUAUCUUCUCUCCUCAAUGGCCUAUGAUCGCUAUGCAGCGAUCUGCAGUCCUCUACACUACCCAGUUAUUAUGUCCAAAAGGCUCUGCCUCGCUCUCAUCACUGGGCCUUAUGUGAUUGGCUUUAUGGACUCCUUUGUCAAUGUGGUUUCCAUCAGCAGAUUGCAUUUCUGUGACUCAAACAUAAUUCAUCACUUUUUCUGUGACACUUCCCCAAUUUUAGCUCUGUCCUGCACUGACACAGACAACCCUGAAAUGCUGAUAUUCAUUAUCGCUGGUUCCACCCUGAUGGUGUCCCUUAUCACAAUAUCUGCAUCCUAUGUGUCCAUUCUCUCUACCAUCCUGAAAAUUAAUUCCACUUCAGGAAAGCAGAAAGCUUUCUCUACUUGCGUCUCUCAUCUCUUGGGAGUCACCAUCUUCUAUGGAACUAUGAUUUUUACUUACUUAAAGCCAAGAAAGUCUUAUUCCUUGGGAAGAGAUCAAGUGGCUUCUGUGUUUUAUACUAUUGUGAUUCCCAUGCUGAAUCCACUCAUUUAUAGUCUUAGAAACAACGAAGUGAAAAAUGCUCUCAUUAGAGUCAUGCAGAGAAGACAGGACUCCAGGUAGUUAAAAUAGCAGAAAUGGAACAUUUAAUCUCAUCUUUUCUUUCAUUCCUAUUGGGUAUUUUCUUAGUCUCUCUAUAAAAACAAUUGAAUCCUUUAAUUUAUUUGCAUUUCUGUUGUGCUGCUCUUUGCUUGACUAAACAUGAUUUAAAACAUUUCAAGGCAUAUGUUUUUAGAAAUCCAAAUGGUAAUUAGAAUCAUAAUAUGUGUGUCAUGUUUUGAAGCAACUGAUGUGGAAAAUAAGAAAAUAUGGUUGUCAUUUUUAAUUAUAUUAUUCAAAUUCUUAUGUAUGCUUCAAUUGUAGAUAAAUUUAUUAUGGAAAGAAUAUUUGAGACACGCUGAUAAUAGUUUUAGAUGUUAUUCCAUUUAUUAUGUGGGGAAGAAUCAUAGCAGAGUGGGUAGGAGUACUUACUUUGGAAUAAAAUUUUCCAAGAGUUAGAUUCUAAAUAUGCUACCCUUUUAGCUGUAUAGCCAUUAAUAUGUUACCUAAAGCUUAAGCCUCCUUUCCCUAAGUGCGCAAGAUAAAUAAUAACUCCAAAUCUGAUCAGAGGGUAGUUGUAGAGUAUUUAAAGCGAUAAUAAUUAAUGCUUCCCCUUAUCAUUAGAAGACCUACAUUACUGCACAAUGCCUUUUUUCAAGAAUGUAAACUCAUGUUUUACAAAUUACUUUUGGUUAAUUUAACUGACAGAACUAAAAAGAAAAAAAAUCAGCAGCUCACAAUUUUGGAUUUCAGAAGUAAAAUAUUUCAGUAGAAUUAUGUUAUAGAAAAAAUAGCAUAUAUUAAUAUAGUGUUAGAGAAAAUUUGAAAAUAUUAUAAAAUAUUGAAGAAAAUAGAAAUCCUCUUCAAAUAUUGAGUUUUGGCUGCUCUUCCUGUGGAGUAGCCAUUCUUUUGUUUAUUUACUUCUCUAAUAAACUUGUUUUCAGUUUUAGAAAAACAAAUAUUGAGUUUUGUGCAUGUUUUUCUAGAUCAAUAGUUUCAAAUAUGUGCACAUAUAUAACGCAUAUAAACAAAAAUUUCUAUCACUUUCUACAUACUGAUUUUCAGCUUUCUGUAUUCAUUUACAAGUUUAACAUUAGAUAAUCUCUUUGUCAUCGACAAAUCUAACAAAGUUUUUCUUGAUACAUGGGCACAAUCAAGUCUCAUUUCACAAUGUUUUGGACUUGAAAUAUAAAUUCAUCACAUUAAAAAAUCUACAUGCAGUGAUAUGUCCUUUGCAUGCUAAACAGGUGAAAACUGGAUUUCUGUAAUGUGUCAAAUUGCUUCUUUAUUAAAAUCCUGUGUGUUUUUAAAAAUCAUUGCCUUUCUCCUGUUUUCUACAGGUUUGUUUCAGUUUUAAAAUAACUCCUUGACUUAAAUGCUUUAUUCAUUGAUUUUACAUUUCAAUACAGAAAAGAUGUAAAGCAAAGAAUUGACAAUGAAUUCAGUUGUUGUGACAUCCCAUCAAUUUUAGUCAGGUAGUGUGCUUAAAUGUCUUUUAUUUUUAAAUGUUUUCCUUACAUAUUCUGGAAACACAGUUUUGUUUUUAUCUGCUAUUUAAAGGAUAUUUUAGAAGCUAGUUUUUAUUUUCCAAGUAUUUGUCUUUUUUGUUUAAACUUUUGUAACAGUUACUAGAUAGAUUGUUUUCAUUUA